UCAACUCAGUUGCGCGUUGAAACCCAGACGAGAGAGUUGCCGGUUACCGUCGCUAGCCAGCACCUGCUGAGUUCGGUGUUUCCCCAAGAAUUUUUUAACGACAGUAUCGAGGCCGCGACGAGCUCGAUACACACCGGUUUAAAUUCAUACAACAAAACGCAGACCAGCCCGCGAGAGAUUUCCACUCGGGAUAUUUGAUUUUUUUCAAAUAUUUUUACAAUUUCUUGUAAAACGAUGCAUUUGACGUAGAUGUAUCGGUUAAAUUGUGUUGAAUUGCAUGUAGCAGUGUGCGAGACUUUUUAUUUGGAUGAAUAUAACAUCGCGUAUACUACGUAUGAGUUUAAUGCAAUCUAAGAAAGGCGUUGCGUUCGCGCCGAAAUUCAACUUCGUGACUGUCAAAGUUACCUGCACACAACGGUAAAACUACUCGCUUUCUCCAAAGACGUGCACCGCUGUACGGUUCCUUGCUGGGAGAAAGAGAGGUGCUUUUUUUUUUCUAUACGAUAUAUAAAAACGAAAAGCCCGAACCGAGUAAGUGCGCGCAACCGAUGAAGUAAAGAAGGAAAACGGCGCUGAGAACUCGCGUGGAUUAUCGAAACGGAAAGCAAGAAAAAUAGAAGGAAGAAAAAAAAAAAAGAUAUCAGGAAAAACGAUUCGGUAAAGACGUUUUCGGUGGUUCUUCGAACGCAGACAAAUCCCGGAGGACCUGGGGAAGAGCUGUAAGGUGAGCCGGCGAGUUUGGCCGAGGAUCUAAAGGAAGAAUCUGAAUCCGUCCGUGAUCGAGGAUAAAUAUCUCCGGUUAAUUGGAUCCUGUGCGUGUGCGCGCGUGUUUGUGUUAUUUUGCGCGAGUGUGAGGAUAGAGCGGAGUCUCUAAAAUGUAAGGCAACGACGAGGAAGAAACGCGAGGUUAUCGACCAAGUCGCAAGGCACGGCUUGUAGAAAGGAAUACAUUGAAGAAGAAUAAAAAACAAAAAGAGGACAACUUGCAACGCUUGGAGGAGCUGCACCGAAGCAACGAGGAAUCGUCGAGGGAUUAUUUUUCCGUCAUGAAAAUGAUGAGCGACGUGGUCGCCGUUAACGUCGACGACGGAUCACCGAUUAACUCGUCGGCGUCGGCCUCGAGCAGCAAGGAAUUCAGGGAACGGACCUUGAGGUCCCUGAAAAAGGGAUUGGGCCGAUUGUGGAGGAGACACAGGGGCAAUGCAUCCAUCACCGAGUACGACCCGAGCUACAAAGUCGCCUAUCUUGGCAACGUGCUUACGGGAUGGGCCAAAGGCGAAGGCUGCGUUGAGAAGCCAGUGGCAACUUUGUGGAGAAAUUACGUCGGAAGUAGUCGACCCGACGUCUCGAUGCGGCUGACGGUGACGUGCGGCGGACUAACGGCGACGACCAGGGACCAUGGACUAACGGAGUACUGGGCACACAGGAUCACUUACUGCACGGCACCGUCUUCCCAUCCUCGCCUGGUCGUCUGGGUCUACAGGCACGAGGGCCGCCGACUUAGACCCGAGCUCAGGUGUCACGCAGCCUUGUGUUCGACGGAAUCCACGGCGAGGAGACUCGCUUCUACGCUGAACGCCAGGCUGCAGCAGGCCUUGAUGGAAUUCAGGAGAGAUAAGGUCUCCAGGCAAAACGCUAGGUUAUCCCUGGCGAACUCGGUGUACGAAAAUCCGUCCCUCCCCCGUAGGAAGAUCCUACUGAGCACGGGCGGUCAGAACUACAAACCUCCGCUCGAGCGAUCGAAGAGCGCCCCGAAGUUAUCGGCGAUCGAGGAAGACGCGGCGGCCGAGGAGCUGGAGCAGGCUCGUCUCCUCGAGGAGUUAAGGACGCUGCGAAGCGUGGCGAGCAGUUGGCCAGACCAGGACCACUGGCGUUUGGCGCGGCUGGUCGAGGCGUUGAACCGUGGGAACUGCGGUGAGUUCUCGGACGAAAACGGGAGCAUAUCGAGCGGUUGCGAGACGGCGAGCACGGCCAACAGCGAGGAACGAGCCCCGGGCAACGAGGACUCGAACAACAACUCGGAGUGCGCGGAGCCGCGGAGUCCCAGGAGGGUCUACUUCUCGGACGAGGGUACGGAGUCGGGUCUUAGACGGAACUCGGACGGCUCGCCGAACUUUAUGACCUGCACCGGAAGUCCGAAGUUCAAGCUCCAGAACCGGAAGAUAUUCGCUACCGGCUCCGAGCCCGGCCACGUAUUCGACUUCGAGGACGUGGAGGAGGACUUCUGCGAGGAGGAGGACCUCGUCGACUGCAGUCCCAGGGGCGAACACCCGAGGCGACCUCAACUCGAGGCACCGAGCCGCGAGAGGCGUCUAAAACGCGCCGACACGUUUCCCUCCCCAGGAAGUCAGCUCGACCUUCACGAGGAGGACGAAUUCUCGUCGGUCCUCGACGCCCUGGACGAGGAGGCCGACAGCGACGAGAGUGGCUACGUCGAGGCUCCGCCUAAGGCGCUGCUCCUGCCGUCCGAAGGUGGCGCGCCGAAGAAAGUGGAUCCGGACAGCGACGAGGAACUUAGGGAGAGGAUCGCGGAGCGCAAAUCUAAGGAGAGUAAGAGGCCGACCGGACUUGCGGAGGACGUUAAGAGCUCUUCGACCUGUCCGAUAUCCGAGACGAUAAAAAAGCUCGCCAACGUAUCGGUCAAAACUUCAAAGUCACUAGAUAUAUCAACUAACAAUUGCCCCAAGACCCUCAACGGCCUGAAGUCUUCAAAGUCAUUCGACAGCUCGCCGACGAUCGACGAGCAGACGGAGAACUUCGAGUCGCCGAGUUUGCUUCAGAGGAAAAAACUCCUCGCUCAGCAGGGUGUCAAAGUUUAACGGGGAUGUUUCUAAUUCGCGCGCAGAAAUAUUCACGAACCGAUAUUGCGUAAUAUCAAGUGUUUCGUAUAUGCAUCGAUAUAAUAUUGCCGUAUCCGUGUAUAGACGACGAAAUUUAGAGACGAAUAUAUGUAUAUUUGCACGACGCAUGACUUGUAUAUAUAUAUGUAUACAUAUGCUGUUGUAAGGCGUUACAAUUUGUCAAUAUAAAAUCACCGGUGCACGAGUGCCACCCUUAAACGGUGGUUGCAUAAUCGUAGGGGAGAGUGGGCAGAAACUUUUAAUGGCAAUACAAAUAUUAACGUGUAUACUUUAUACAGUUGUUAAUAAAUUUUGUGACUAUUUAAUCCCA